AUGGGGAACCUGCUAAACAGUCUAAUUUUCCGGCCACACCCGCCCAGCUACUCGAAGAACCGACAGGAUCUUCACUUUUUCGAAACGAAACAUGGAAGUAAGAUAUGCGGGAUUUUUAUUGACAACAAGGCGGACACAACGGUUCUCUUUAGUCACGCGAAUGCAGAAGAUAUAGGAGACGUAAUUCGUUUUUAUCAGUACCGAUUGAGGCAGUUAGGGUUGAACUUGUUUGCGUAUGACUAUAGCGGGUAUGGGCACAGUUCUGGGCACCCCACGGAAGCGCAUGUAUACAAUGAUGUAGAGGCAGCAUAUGAUUAUUUAGUAAAGGAGUUACGUAUUCCAAAGCAUAGUAUAAUAGCAUAUGGAAGGAGUCUAGGUUCAGCAGCAUCUGUUCAUAUAGCAACAAAGAGAAAUUUGCUGGGUCUAAUUCUUCAAGCUCCUUUGGCAUCCAUACAUAGGGUUAAGCUGAAAGUAAAAUUUACCCUACCGUAUGAUAGCUUUUGCAAUAUUGAUAAGGUACACAUGAUAAAGUGCCCCAUUUUAUUUAUCCAUGGGACGAAGGAUAAGCUUCUUUCCUACCAUGGUACGGAAGAAAUGCUUCGAAGGACAAAUGUGAAUACGUAUUUUAUGUUCAUAGAAGGAGGGGGGCAUAACAAUUUGGACAGCUCCUAUGGAAAUCUGGUUCAUGCAGCUUUGGUAACUUUCCUUUAUGUGCUGAAAAAUAAUAUCCGAGAAAAUGUGAACAGUGUAUAUGACAUAUCAAAUGUGAACAUGAUGAAAUUGAGGAAUAUGUUCAUUUCGAAUAAUACAAAGAACAUGAAGGAGAAGGUGAAAGAGAAGAACAGGAAGGGAGGAGAGGACAAUGGAAUGGUGACUACUUCGACGGGAAGUGUAAAUGGGGUACACACUGAUAGGAAUAAAGCUACAGGCAGUCAUGAGGUACUAAAUUCGUUUAUGAGUAAUAUGGAAAGGUGGUAUACGGAUGAGAGCAUAUUUAGGGUUUAUACGAAGGAAUCGGGUUAUGAUUCUUCUCAGAGUCUUAGCAGCGUUUUAGGAUCUGCCGAGAGUACAGUGAGGCACAUACCGGAUAAUACGUUUUACGAGAGUGACACGAAUAUUAGCAUUGAGGACCUUUGUCGGUUAACUGGUGGGAAGAACAACAUAGGUAGGAGUAAAUUCAAUAAGGGUAUGGACAGUGGUAGUUCGUCCAGCUCGUUGAUCAAGCAGGGAAGGACGGAUCGAACUGACCGUACUGCUGUUAAUCAUCGGAGCGGACGCCGGGAAGUUAGCAGAGAACGUUACCCAGAUGGUAGACGAAUCGACAGUAAAGAUGGCAAGGACGGGAGCCGCAUGAAGGUGUGCUCAAGUUACGUGUACAACCCUGCGAGGAGGGAAAAUAUGUCACCCUCCAGUAUGAACCAGAGUCCAAGUUAUAACAGCCGCAGUAAUGUGCACGUGGGUAGCGAAAAGGAGUCGAUGCAACGAAUCAAUGGGAGCAGCAUGAAUGGUGGUAGCUCAUCGGAAGGAAUGAACUCUAGAAGAUCGAGGGAGAGUAGAAAUGUGUACACCGUGGAUAGGGUGCCCAAGUUUUCCCAGGAUAUGAAGAAUGCGGGCUCCCCCGUGGGUGAAGGGGGAAGCCAUACACACAGCGAUGGGCGAUGGAAUAACGAAAGGGAACAGGCAAUGAGGGCGCAUAGAAAUGGAGGGCAAUACUCAGGCGAAUCAAGAAGAGGUGUUGGAGCAUGUAUCAGCCCAAGUAAGGAGAGCCUAGCGAGUGUCUCCUCCAUUGGUAGCAAAAUCAGCAGUGUGAACAGCGGACCCUCUAAGGGGGAUAGGGGAAAAGUAAUAAUUGAAUGUAGAAGGAAUAUGGAGGGUAAUUCUACUGAGCAGGGGAGGAGCGUUAUCAAAGGUGGAUGUAGCACGAGCGAACUUCUCUGCACGAAGCCAGAUUACAAAAAAGGAGGAAACAACAUACGAAAAGAAAUGAGGAACAAAAUAACCGACAUGAAUAGCCACAAGUUUAACAGCUACAAUGACUUCAUCUACGGAAAUCAGGAAAACAAAGGGGGUGAUUGCCCCAACCAGGUUAUGGAGCCUGUACAGAGGGAAGUGUCUUCAGCGAGCAGCAGCACAUUGAAUAACCUGAAUUCGUUGUUUGCCUAUUGA